AGCUCUGGUCAUAUAAGGCUUCCUGCAGCCUGCUCCCCAGUCCUCACCAUGAAGGCUGUCCUCCUCGUUCUGGUGGCCGCUGGCGUGGCUCUGCAGCCAGGUGCUGCCCUACAGUGCUACUCAUGCACGGCCCAGGUGAGCAACCAGGACUGCUUGAAUGUGAAGAACUGCACCCAGGGCCAGACCCAAUGCUGGACGUCCCGCGUGCGUGCCAUCGGGCUGGUGACGCUCAUCAGCAAGGGCUGCACCUCCGAAUGUGUGGACGAUGCGGAAAACUACUACGUGGGCAAGAAGAACAUCACCUGCUGUUCCACCGACCUGUGCAACACCAGCGGGGCCCACGCUCUGCAGCCGGCCACCGCACUGGCGCUGCUCACCAUGCUGGGCAGCCUGCUGCUGUGCGGCACGGGCCGGCUGUAGGCUCUGGGGCCCCCGCUGCGGCCCAUACGUACUGGGCGAGGAGACCAGGGCUUGCUCACACACCCCAGGCCCAGUGAGGGGGGCCUUUCCCAGUUCCUGAGGGCACCUGGUCCCAGGGGUCUGGCCUGGCCCCUUUCCCUGCCCCUCCUGAGGUCCCCUCCAGACUUCAGCCCAGAGCCCACCAGAAGCCAGGAAGGCUGGCUUCUACAGACACAGAAUGGCUGGCAGCCAGCUGCAGGCUCAGGCUGCAGCCUGACAGUCCCGUAUCUGACCUGGCUGUCACCUCUGUUCAGGCACCGUUGCUUCCCGGACGCCUUCCCUCUCCCCGCCCCCCGCCCCCC